AUGACUCCCUCCUCCGCCGUUGCUUCUCUGUUCUUCUUCUGCCUGCUGCUGCUUCUGCUUCCUGCUCAACAUGGCGCCUCCUCCCAUGCAAGCUACAAGCUAGGGUCCAGACAAGUUUUCUUCAAGACACCUGGCAGGUCACCGCAGGCCUCCGCGGUGCCUACUGCAACCUCCUGCUCGUCCAUCGCAGCUGGCACAGGCAACAAGAAGCUACCCGUGGUGCACCGGCAGAGCCCAUGCUCGCCGUUGCAUGGGCUGCCGUCCCUAACGGCGGCAGAUGUCUUGCGUCGUGACACCUCCCGCAUCCGGCGCCGUUUCGCCUCACAAUCGUCUGGGGUCGCUGCCCCGGCCUCGGCCCCGCCGCCGGCCGCCACCAUAAUCCCCGUUAACGGCUCGUCGGACUCGUCCACGCUACCGGGCGAGCUGGACUACAGUGUGCUCGUCGGCUACGGCACGCCGGAGCAGCAGUUCCCGAUGUUCUUGGACACCAUGAUCGGCACAACCCUGAUCCAGUGCAAGCCGUGCGCCUCAGUUUACAACUGUGACCCGGCGUUCGACACAUCACGGUCCUCGACGUUCACCCAUGUCCUCUGCGGCUCGCCGGACUGUCCGACCAACUGCUCAGGCGGCUCCGUCUGUCCGUUUGACAACCCGAACAUCCCCAUCGAGGGCACGUUUGCGCAGGACGUGCUCAAGCUGACGCCGUCCACGGCCGUCGACGACUUCAGGUUCGUCUGCAUGGACGUGGGACCUCCUCCUGACCUGCCGGAGGCCGGGUUCCUCGACCUCACCCGCGACCUCAACUCGCUGCCAUCGCGGCUCUCGUCGCCGCCGGGUGCCUUCUCCUACUGCCUGCCGCAGUCCCCGAGGUCCCAGGGCUUCCUCUCCCUCGGCGGCAACGCCACUGUCAGAGAUGACGACAACCGCACCGCGCACGCCCCGCUGGUGAGCAACGGCGACCCCGAGCUGGCGAUCAUGUACUUCAUCGACGUCGUCGGGAUGAGCCUCGGCGGCGAGGACCUCCCGAUCCCGCCAGGGACCUUCGGCAGCAAUGCCAGCACCAACCUGAAUGUGGGGACCACCUUCACCAUGCUGGCGCAGGACGUGUACACGCCGCUGCGCGACGCCUUCCGGAAGCAGAUGUCGCAGUACAACCGCUCGUCGCCGGGGUUCGCCGGCUUCGACACGUGCUUCAACUUCACCGGGCUGCAGGAGAUCACCAUACCGCUCGUCCGGUUCAAGUUCGGCAACGGCGAGAGCCUGCUGAUUGACGGGGACCAGAUGCUGUACUACGACGAUCCCACCACCGGUCCAUUCACCAUGGCCUGCCUCGCCUUCACCGCCUUUGACGACGGCGGCGAUGUCAUCUCCGCCGUGAUUGGGACGUAUACGCUGGCGUCCACGGAGGUGGUGUACGACGUGGCCGGAGGAAAGGUUGGCUUCAUCCCAUGGAGCUGCUAA